AUGCCCCUGCUAGCUCUCCCAGUAGAGUUGCUCGACAAAAUCUUCAUUGAAUCUAUUCGAGUACGCUCAUUUCAGCGUGCCAUGAGACUCAGGCUCGUAAGCAGAGGUUUUAUGUAUUAUACGAACCGAGCCAUCUUUUAUUCUCGCAUCCUUGAUACAGAGUAUAACAAGUGGCUCCAUCCUCUCAACUGUUUUUGCAACACUGCAGAAGUUUCAUUUAUGCAGAAAUACCUGGCUUAUCGAAUUCCUCUCGAGGACGAUCCUAGAUUGCUGGGAGUCCGGGUUCGUCGUGUUGCGGAGCGUAUCUGCGAGUUAACAGGCAAUACAGGCGAUGGCGGUUUGAACUCCUGUAUCCAGAGCCUUUGUGGGCUUUACUUCUGGGGCGACACGUAUAAAACCGGAGACUUGAUCGAGUCAAAACUAGGAAGCGAGCCUACCGAAGAACAUUUAAAGUUAGACCUUGUUACUGCUGCAGUCUAUCUAAACCUUCCUACCCUAGCCAGUCAACUCCACUCUGAGAAAGAGGACGACUAUUCGAUUUCUUUGAUUGAGUUAGAUAAUAUGCGCUGGGCUCGCUACGGGAUCGCUUCAUUUUACGGAAAUUUAGAUAUGAUCAAAAUUCUACUCGCUACCGAUCCAACAAAGGAAGCGAAAGUAGGCCGCCUGGUUCCGAUGGAUUAUGUUGUGGAAAUGAUUAAAUGGUCCGCUCUCGGGGGUCAUAGUGAAAUAUUCAACUUUGCUCUGGAUAACAGCGAGGAGUUCAAGUUAUCACACAGACGCGACGUGGAUUACCGAGAUCUUCGAGACGCAAUGAACUGGACUGCUUUCCCUAAAGAUUAUCAGCGAGUGGCCGCCAUCUUUGGGUCAGAAAGUGAAGUCUUUUCUGCAAAACAGGACGGAGACUUGGACUCUCGACUAUGUGAGAGCGCUGACAAUGGGCGUGUCGAAAUGGUGCGAUACUUCUUAGAUCAGGGAGCCUGUCUAAAUAACCCUCUAGCAAAGCGGGGUUGUAUUCACGAAAGCGAAUCUGGGAUAACACGGCGUACCACUACACCGCUGUUAUCUGCUCUUCGAAGAUGCCCAUUGGGGAGCGAAGCUGUCGUCAAGUUAAUGCUCGAACGCGGCGCUGACCCAAAUUGGUAUCCUCCCGAGAAGACCCCCCUCAUGGCCGCCGUCCAUAACAAUCGAUUUGAGAUAACUCGUAUGUUGGUAGAUUAUGGGGCAGACGUUAAUGAUGGAAGCCCGGCCCCAAUCGUCUUGGCCGCUCGCAAUGAAAACACGGAAAUCUUUCAGUAUCUGCGGGAAAGAGGGGCUACGAUUGACACCCCAGAGACAGGGUCCUGGGCAAUGGCUUAUGCGAAAUUCUAUGGUUUGGACUCCAUGGUUGCCCUCUUGGUGCAUGAAGGGGUUGACGAAACAGCCGCGCUUCAACGCGCUUCAUCCAGGAAGGAAACCUGGACAGACUGGACCUGUGUCUAUAAACACCAGCCGGAGCUACAUUUAAAGUAUAGUUUCUGA